CUCUCUCUCUUAACCUCCUUCCUUACCAUUAACUCUCUUUCUCCCUUACUUAUGGGGUUUAAAGGUUUCUCAAUAUCUUAAGGUGAAUAAAUCUGUUGUAUGGAGAGGAAGAACUCCAGAGUGAGUCAUCAUGUCCUGUACUGGAGACAUGGAGGAAGGUCUCCUAUCGUUAAAGUGGAACAACCACAAAUCUACAUUCUUCCAUGUCCUCUCCACCCUCCGAGAAAAGCACACAUACACUGAUGUGACGUUAGCUUGUGAUGGCCGGUUAUAUCCAGCCCAUAAGUUUGUGCUAUCGACGUGUAGUGAAUACUUCAGUGAUAUAUUUACUUCCACAACAGGUAACAAUAUAGUAAUUGUACUUAAAGAUGUUAGAAGACAAGAUCUUGAGUAUUUGCUUGACUACAUGUACCUGGGGCAAGUUGAUGUCGCUCAGUCAGAAUUAUCGAGCCUUAUAAAAACCGCCGAGUGCCUUAGAAUCAAAGGUUUAGCCAUUCCGGACGACGAACCGCAACAGACCCCCAGAAGAGGGCCGGAGGAGCGGGACCGCGAAGGAAGUCCCCCUUCCAAAAAGAAGCGACACAUGGUUGAGGAAGACAGAACUUGUAGCAUAUCCAGUAACAACACAACUAGUAGAAUACCACAUAUGCCCCUUCCUCCACCACAGCAGUCACAACAGUCACAACAAGCGUUGUUGCAAAGAUUACAACAAGCACCCAUACCACAACCUGCUCAGGCUCCACCAACAUCACAAGCAACUGGCAAAACUCAUCCUUCAACAUUGUCUCACUCACUCGCACCCUCUCAAGUUCCAAGAACGUCUCAAGUCCCCACGAGUCCGCUCCCCCCGACAUCAACGUCACAACCGCAUCUGCCUCUCUCCUCACCCUCUCAUUCUACUUCACUACCAGUCAUAAAACAGGAAGUAGCAGAUCCUCCAGAAACACCAGAAGCUUUUAUGAAUGAAUCCUACGACGAGACGGAAACUAAACCCGACGUGUCAGAGUCUAGGCAUCUGGAGCAGGAUGUGGCAGUUGCAGGACCCUCGGGUUUGCAAGGGUCUUCAGAUAACUGGGAUGGUGAUAACGACUUGGCUGGCUUUGCCGGAGGAGACGGCUACUCUGAAGGAGGCAUGGAAGAUCACGGAGACUCGGAGGUUCAGGGGGUGGCGGACUUGGAGAGGAAGUACAAGUGCGCGUGGUGCGGGAAGGGCUUUAGACUCUCCGUCCAUCUGAAGGAUCAUGUAAGGACCCACACGGGGGAGAAGCCCUAUCAGUGCAAUAUAUGCCAGAAGGAUUUCACUCAGCGGUCUAAUCUGAGGACACAUCUCAACAAGAUCCACAAAGAACAGCUAGCUUAUGUAAAGAACCGAAAAGGCCGAGUGCCUAAAUAUCCCGUGAAACACGAAUAUUUACCCGGCCUGGUGUCUCCCGGCGGCACCGUCACGGAGAUGAAGAAGCUCGUGUUUCCGCCCGCCGAGACAAAGCGUAUCCUCCCCAAGCCUCAUGGCACUGAGCCUUCUGUAAUGCCUUUCCUCUCCAAAGAAACUGUCAAUUUUUUACAAAGGGAUGAUUUAAAAGUUCUUUAUAAGGACAAACCUGCAAGUUUAGAAGCUGAAAGAAGAGUGUCUUUACCACAGUUAAUAUUACAGCAGUCUCCCCAUGAUGUGGAUCAACAGAUGUUUGCUGGAGAGUCACCGGUGCUUCCAAUUGACUCGAAUAUUAUUGACCUAGAUGCCAACUCCUCUCGGAAAGAAUAUUUUUCGCAGCCGUUGCUUACUAAAGAAACUACUCUUAAAUCUCCUCAGAAAGAGACACUAUUGAAAGCUUUGUUACUGAAGGGCUCAUCAAUGGGGCCAGCUUCUCAGAGUGAAGUUGUGCGACAGGUGAUCCCAUCUUUACCUUCCCCCAUCAUCCCAUCAUCUUUAUCUGUUGGCCAGGUGCCAUAUUCUAUCCCCUCAUCUGUAGCUGUGUCUCUUGCCUCUCCUGUAUGUAGUCCCGCAGAGGACGUGCUACAGCCAAUGUUUGUCGUGGAAUCUUCUAAAGGCAUGUCUCCGGUACUGAGGUGUCCACGUGAUGUAGCAGUUUCUCGUGCAGAACUUCUGUCUCCCGGGAGCAAAGGUGAAUCAUUUGUGGUGAUAGAAGCUUCUGGUAUGGCACCACAAGAGUCUGUGUCAGUCACAACAGAUUCUCAUGAGCAACCACAGAUAACUGAUGAGAUGAAAAUUCUUCUUCAGGCCGUUCAAAUCAGAGUUUCCCAAGACCAAGGGCAGACAAUUACACAGAGCAGUCCAACUGUCACAGUGAAGUCGUGUAAUCCUUCCUCUACAUUAACGUCUCCUUCUGGACCAGUCGCGAGUCACACCCUUGCUGUACCGACUCCCUCUGGUCCUCCCCUGGCAUCAGAAACGGCAUUCCGACAGCGCAUUUCUCGAAUGGUACACGACAAAGACUCUACCAAGAAGAAGAAUCCCAUUCAUACUGCACUGGUGAAGAAGAUAGACCAGUAUUCAGAUCAUUUGUAUAAACAUACUGCCAACAAGGAACAAGAACACAAUAGAGGAACAGCAGAGAAAGGAAAACCUCUGCCUCUACUUCGACAGUUUUCUCCAUCACAUCUGUCCAUUACUCAUCACUCUCCCAUGCCUGCCACACCACCUUUAUCUUCUUCACCUCCUCUACCUCCCCCUCUUUCUCCUCCCCUUCUUGUUUCCACUUCACCUUCCCACACUCAUCACAUACAGGUGCCCACUUCGUCGGUGGGUCCUCCGUCUUCAAUGACCAUUUCUACCAUGCCAUCAACAGAGAGGAGGGGUCCGGGCUACCACAUACCAUCAAACAGAAUGACCUUCAAGCCAAGUGACAAACAUGCUGAUAAAGUCAAUCUUAGGUUUAAGGGAAGUCAUAGAGAAAGUGAAUCAGUGCCUGACCAUAAGUAGGUAGUUAUUGAUUAAAAUAUUGGGUAAUACUUUAAUAAAUCAGACAUUUAUCAUGAGCAAAUCUAAGUGAUGCCAUUUGCAGUUCUCUAGUUGUUUCUCUCACUCUUAAGUAAAUGCCAUCUUUUGUUUCCUGUGCUUUUCUUUAUCAAGUAACUCAGUGGAUGUAAGGUUUACAGUAUCUUUAUUUCAUACAUUUUAAAUUUCAUAAAAUAUACUGUACUAUGCGUGUGUGCGUCCGUGCGAACACUUGCAUGAACACAAAUAUAUACUGUACUUAGACCUGAACAAGUAUACAAGCACAUGUACUGUAUAAUUACUGGUAAAAAUAAAUACAUACAUACAUGCUUUCACAAAUACAUGUGAAUACACAAACACAAAUCCUUGCAAACACACAACACUCAGAGUUACACAAGCCCACAUGACCAUUAGUAUAACCUGUAUUAUUAUUCCCCCCCUCAAUGAUGAUGAGGCAGAGUUGCACCAAAUACUGUAUGUGAAUGCUGAGACUACUGUUGUGGUGAUGUACUGUACUUCCACAGGCUUUGUUUGUAUCUUCCUUAUUACGUUGUGUGCCUUAAAAACUUUUUCUAUGGGCUGAUGUUUUGCCUGAACCUUGAUGGGGUGGCAAGUGUGAGUCUCGUGAAAGCUUCGUCUCGUCGCAUUUCCCGUGUUUGAGGACGUGCAACCGCUUGGCAUAGCUGCCGUCUUACCUGCACCUACAAUGCCAUUGCUCAUACACAUUUGUUGCCUCGUAACAGCCUUACGUCUCCUCUUGUUAAACUUACUAGACAUGUGCUUGCUUGAUAAAGUUUUGCCAAGUACACACAUAUCCCAUUGUAAGUUACUUUGAUAAUAUUAAAACUACUGUACUAUACUAUACCAACUUCCUGUCCCUGUUGGCAGUUUUUAUACAACAAGAACCUCUGUUGACUGGAAGCAACACUGGGAGUAGUUCUGUACCAAAGGCUUCUUCAUAAGUCUGUUCAUUAUCCAUUUAAAACUGUAAAUUAAUUCCUUAAAUGGAUCAUUGUAUUUUGAAAUAUUAAAAUUUGUUGAUUUCAGUCAUAAUGAGCCAUAUUAUGAAACACUCCUCAAUUCUGUACCCACUAACUCUGACCCUUGUGUUGUGACCUAUGCUUUGUGUUCCAUUAUACACGUGAAAGCAGUUAAAGUAGAUCCUGCAUGUCUGAUGGCCUGUUAGGGGCGGUGCCAAUAAAGCACUGUACAUAUACUUAACCUAUUUUCACUACAGUAAGAGACUGUGUGACUGGCACUGUAUUUGAACACUUUCCUUUUUCCGAACUGUAAAAUUAGGUACCCAUUCAGACCUGGAUGAACUAGGGAUGGAUGUCCUGGGUAUGAACCACCGGUGGUGACCUUAAGGACAGGAGACAAGUGCUGUGUCCAUCAGUUGCUGCACUUUUGUCUCUUAUCCAAGUACUGUAUACAGUACUGUACCUCAUUUUCAGUACCAUUUAAAGUGUGUCGACAAUUGUUAACGAGAUGUGACUAGUCAGUGAGUUUUUGAUGAUAUGGCUGAUAAAUGUGGGCAAUUAUUAUGAAUACAUAGUUUGGACUCUUCCCAUUGUUUUAUCAUGCGUGCAUGGAUGUGUCAUUGUUGCAGUUUUUUUUUACUUAUGUAUAUUUUUUUCAAAUGCUUGCAAAGCUUUGUGAUAAGUAUCUGUUAUAUAUUUUAAAUGAAUACUUAUAUAUAUUGUUAACUUUAGCUAUUACUAAAUCAAGUUUUACGUUGUGUGGUUCAAGAGUAUCAAGAUCAUGCAAGGGUAGUUUUCCCAAGGAAGGAACUCAGACAUUGCUAAUAUAUUAUGUUGUAUGUGUAGGGAAAAUAUUGAAUGUCCUGCUGCACACCUUUUGAAUGUGGGACGUAAGAGUAAGAAGAAAAACACUAACUCCAGCUUUGUAUAUAACAGGCUGACAGGGGGUAGCCUGUAUGAUGGCUGCUGCUUCCAUGUACUGUAGAGUAGUGGUUAGUCUCCAGUUAAAUCUGGUGAGAGAGGAGGUCGAGAUCAGGUUCACAGGGCUGUCCUUGCUCAAUAUUGUCUCUUAAUUGGGGUCAAAUUGUUUUCAUCAGUAAGCAUAUGAUGAUGAAGCAGCAGACAGUAGGAGUCGCUGAAUAUUGGUGUGAAAAUGGACUUGGGAUUUAUAAUUUAUUGUACCCUGUGAAUUUACUGCCUGGAUACCAUUACACAUUUAAGAUUUAGUGCUACAUAGGACAUUGUUUUUUGGGGGUUUAAAAUCACUAAAAAGUCUUGCUUAUUCUCUCAUACUGCCUGAGUGCAGCUCACCAUAUACAGUACUGUAUAUAUUAUCACCAACAUGUGUCACUGUUCCAAGAAGUUUGAUGUAUAAAACUACAUAUAUAUUUUUAUGGUAUUUCUCUUGUAUCUUGGCUAAAGAUAUUGACCUUUGUAUGUUGAGAUAAACUUUUUAGUUCAGUCUGUUUUUUGUUGUUAUUUGGCAUUAAAAAGAACAUUAAAAAAAUCACAACGUUUCUCAUAAACUCAUUAGCUGAUUGGUGUGAAAAAAUUGAGAGUACAGUACAGGGAUUUAUUUAUUUAAUGAAAGGAAUGAAAAUUGGCUCUCUCCUUGAGGUUUGUUUUAUUAAUACUAAAGUUAGUGUUAGUGCAGUACAUAUAACACUGCUGAGGAGGUGCACCAUUAGCUGAAGCUGGUCAGGGAAAUGCCACAAUUACUGUACAGUAAAAUAAAUAAUAAAUUACUUGUGGAAGGAUAGAGUACAGUACUGUACUGUAGUUGUUUUAACUUAUUUUUGGGAGGAGACGAUACUUUUUGUGCUAAAAGAAAAUAUUGUACCAUGAGAAGACACUGAAGUAGUGAAAAAUUUGUUGCCUAAAUCUCUUACUGUUAUUAAGCUUUUGAGUUGCCAAAUGGAACUGUGCUGUUUUCCAUAAGAUUAGAUUAUUAAUACUGUACAGUAUAUACAGGGUACACUGUUGUUGUUUAUGGAGAAUUACUGCCUUGAAAAAAUCCUGUGAAGGCUCAUAAAUGUAAUGAAUUAAAAAGUCACAAACAAGGGGGCGAGAAUAGCUUUAUAUACUUAUGAAUUCCCGAGUUAAACGACGGCUGUAUCAUUAUACCGUAGCAGAGUUUUAUUAAUAAGGGGAUAUUCUGAGCUGGUGCUUGGUCAGUGAUUGUCUGUGUUUGGAUAUUUCCUCUAUUAUGCUUUUCUUUGUUUCUAGUGUUGGUAGAAUAUAAUAAGUUUAAAUUAUAUGAAGGAAUGAUUCCACUGACUAGGCCUGGUUUAAGAGAGUGACCCCUCCUGGUGGUCAGUUUCAGUAUGCUGACAGCUGGCUAGAUUGUGCCAUCUGUGUGCAUAAUAUUCUAUAAAAGAAGUAUAAUAAAUAAUUAUGAUAUUGUAAAUAACAUAGAGACAUAUUAGAAGAUAUGUGAUCCUAUUACUGGAUGCCUAUACUUGUAUGAAAGUGGAGGUGUUGUUAAGUCUGUAGAAUAGUUAAUAAACUAAUAUGGGAUAAUUCAA